GAUAGCUUAUAAAUGUCAGAAGUGCCAUGUGAUAAUAGCGAGUACAGCAAGCGUGAGUAUUGGGAUCAAAGGUACACUAAUGAGGACGAAUAUGAUUGGUUACCUUCUAUUUACCCAGCAUGUGUUCAAGCUGCGUUUGAUUCGGUAGAAAAGGUUUAUGAAGAACAACAUCGACUCCGUUCAUGCAAUACAAAUGAACCACAUGUAAUUAAAGUUCUUCACCUUGGUGUUGGGAACUCGAAUAUAUGUGUCGAUCUGUACAGACAUUACACCGGAAAAUAUUCCGACCUCAAGACUGCUCCUUACCAGCUGGUGCAGGUUGCCAUGGAUUACUCCGAAGUGGUCUUAGAGAAGAUGCGAUUAAAGCACGCCAACCUUCCGAAUACACACUGGCUAGUGGCUGAUGUGCGCGAUCUAAAAGAGGUAAGGCGUCUUUAUGGGCCAUCCUUCGACCUUGUCAUAGAUAAAUGCACAAUGGAUGCACUUCAAACGGACAAAGCUAAUCCAAGAAUGGAGGAAGACAUCGAUAAAAUGCUUCACGAAGUAAGCUUAUGCUUCGCAGAUCGAUGUCUAACAAAUUCUACGCGGUACGGGCAGUUCAUCCAAGUAACAUGGGAAAUUCCUUAUUUCAGAUUGUAUUACACUUUAAGAAAGGAAUCAGACACCAAAUUUGCUUGGGGAACCAAUACAAGCUACCGAUUCCUGGGGGACAGUGACUUAUAUCGUUUGUACAUUUAUGAAGUUCAGCAAUAAGCAGCGUAAUCUCUACACAUGACGCUCUAUAACAUCAACAAUCCAUUGAUAACUCUUCACCUCCUUUUUAACCACAGAAGAGUAUUGUUACUGGAAAUAAUAACUCGGAUUAAAAUCGAUUUUUUAGGUUUUGUCUCACUAUUGAUAACAAGUCAUGAGAAUACGUAAGAAAA